UGGAUUGAUGAAAGUGUGCUUCCAAAUAAUGGUCUAGAAGUUACCCUCAGAGUGAUUGUACAAACACUUCUCAAUAUUGGAUCCAAGAGUUUCACUCAUUUGAUAACUGUCUUGGAGAGAUAUGCACAAGUCUUUGUGAAAGUAUGUCCGGACGAGGAUUGACAAGUCAUGCUGAUAGCUGAAGUGAGUUCUUUCUGGAAGAGUAACACCCAAAUGACAGCAAUAGCUAUUGACAGGAUGAUGGGUUAUCGACUUGUAUCAAAUCUGGCUAUUGUGAGAUGGGUCUUCUCAGCAGAAAAUAUUGAGCAAUUUCAUACAUCGGAUCGGCCAUGGGAGAUUCUGAGAAAUGCAGUAAGCAAGACACAUAAUCGUAUUUCUGAUUUACGGAAAGAAAUAUUAACUAUUAAAAAGAACAUUUCAUCUGCCGAAGAAGCUGCCAAGGAGGCAAAAGCUGAGNUAGAUGCUGCAGAGUCAAAACUUACACUUGUGGAUGGUGAACCAGUUCUUGGUGACAAUCCUGUUAGAUUGAAUAGAUUGAAAUCACAUGCUGAAAAGACAACGGAGGACGUGGUGACUGUUAAAGAAUCCUUAGAAUCUAAGGAAGCUCUUCUUGUCCGAGCAAUUGAGGAAAAUGAGGCAUUAUUUCUCUUGUUGUACAAAAGCUUCUCAAAUGUGUUGACAGAGCGGCUUCCUGAAGGAACUAGAACACUGCAUGAGUUGAAGUCUGUGCAAGUAGAUGUGAUGGCAGUGGACGCUGAAGAGCCACCAACAAUGGAAUUAGAUGACGAAAACCAGAGAUCUCAAAACAGUCAGUCAAAUGGAGAGAAGAAAGGUGGUGCUUAUGUUGUAGGUGAAAAGGAGCAGUGGUGUAUCACCACUUUGGGCUAUGUGAAGGCUUUUUCUAGGCAGUAUGCUGCUGAGAUAUGGCCCCAUGUUGAAAAGUUGGAUGCAGAGGUAUUGACAGAAGAAACACCUUAUCUUUUUAGGUCAGCUGUUUAUACUGGUCUUCGAAGACCAAUUCACGAGGCAUGAUCAAUUUGUUACUUCACCUCUGAGCUAUGUUAUUUAGAAUAUAAUGUAAUUCCAUUCUUUAGUCUGCUAGUUAAGCAUUUUCUUAGUCUGCUAAAAGCCUAAAACUGUAUGCAAUUGUAAUUUAAAAAUGACAAGGUUGGUAUGACGAGUCUCUACAUCUUAGAUUCUAACAGGGACUUUAUCACCGCUGCUGUACAUUAGAUUUCGAUUAUAGCUUUUAAUUGGACCUCAAAUACCCAAAAAAAAAAUGGAGUUUGCACCAUACUUGUGUUGUA